GUGGGGCUCCCCUCGGACAAGCCCCCCGGCCGUCUCCAUCCCAGAUUCCGAGAGCGCUGCACAGGCAUCGCGUCGCGGCACCCCCGGCCCGCCGUCCUCUCCCAUCCCGCCUGGUCGCCUCACCGCCGCUGCCGAGAUGGGGUUCGUGUCCUUCGUCGGGAGGGUGCUCUUCGUCGCCGCCUUCCUCCUCUCCGCCUACCAGGAGUUUAAUGAAUUCGGAACUGAUGGUGGGCCAGCGGCAAAGGCCCUUCAGCCCAAGUUCAAUGUGUUUGUCAAAAAUAUCUCUUCCCACUUGGGAGUUGCCGUGCCUCAUAUUGAGUUGAAGCAUGUAAUUGCUGCCACGAUUGCGCUUAAGGGCCUUGGAGGUCUUCUUUUUAUCUUGAGCAGCUCUCUCGGUGCUUAUCUCCUGUUGUUGUACCUUGCUUUUAUCACCCCUAUUGUGCAUGACUUCUACAACUACGACAUGGAGAAGGCAGAAUUUGCGCAGAUCUUUGGGAAGUUCACCCAGGAUCUGGCACUCAUUGGAGCGCUUCUCUUCUUCCUGGGCAUGAAGAAUUCCAUCCCGAAGCGGCAGGCCAAGAAGAAGGCUCCCAAGGCGAAGACGAACUAAGGCUCUCUAGAUAGUGUUGCAGCCGUAGGGGCCUCAGGCGGUGUCAGGAGACGGGUCUAUUUUGAAGCAAGCUGCGAUGUGAAGCCAUUGCCAUCGUGCUGCGCUUUCAUAUGUAUCAGAUUCCAUUUUGCAGGGCACGGCCCGAACGAAGGUGUGAGUGGCGGAUUAGGCGACUAGAUUGUACCAUUAUGUACUCGUGAUUGGUUUGUUGGACUAGGUUGCCAAUGAUUGAUCUUCUCCAUUUGAUUUAUCUUGCACUGGGCCUUGUUAGCAGUGCAGGAAUUCGCUACUGAUUCCAUGGCUGGAAAUUCUUUUUUUUCUU